CGUUGCGGUCACGGUAUGGAAUUACGUGUGUUCCUGCUUUUGGUAACGUGCUAUUUGACUUGCAUUCUAUGCAGAAAUGCAGAUAAUGGAUCAACUAAAGUUUUUCCGUCAAUUAAUAAUGCUUCUCAACUGGGUGCGAAAAUAUCUGUGAUAGACGAUACGAGAACUGAACAAUCAAUUGAAACAAAAACGAGACCAGAUGAAAUAACUUUGAAGGAUAAUUUGUCUAAGCCUGAAACUCUUUUACAAGAAUCUCCGCUUGUCGAAGAUUUAGUGAUGAAGACGAGGAUUUUUGACAACUUUAAAAAAACAAAAUGUUCCAGGUACUGUGUGCAACAAUCGGAAAUGAACAAAGAUUUCGAAGAUAUUAAACUUAUUUUGUCAUUUGCCAAUGAGAACGGAGAUGGUAAUAAUUUAACAUAG